GAGACAACUGCACUGCCGGAUGUGCAAAGUUUAUCCUCUGAAAGUGAAAACAUCACACGGUUGCAGCCAUGGAGUGCCUCAAAGACUGCUGCAAGAAGUUCACGAAGAAGAAGGGGAGGGAGCAGGACACCCAAGUGAUCGCGCUGAAGAUGCCUCCUAAGGCGUCAGGAUGGGAGCCGGAUGGGGGGAGAAAGGGGGUCUCAGAAGACUACCUCCUGUCCAAGCUGCCUCCGGAUGGCAAAGAGGUGCCGUUCGUCCUGCCGACCUUUAAGGCCUCAUACAUCCAACCAAGAGGCUCACGCUUCCCCAAUUUACAGUCUGGGCCGCAGAGUUCAGCCCGUUGCACGUAUGCAGAGAGGAAAGCAGAGCUGCUGGGCUCCAGUCAGUUCACCUACAGCCCCGAGUCCAGCUUCCAUCAGGGUCAGCUGACCGAGUACUUCUCCCCCGGAUCGACCCGCCGAGACACACUGAAGAACAGAGACACCGGUCCACAAAGUCCAGGUUGGCCUCUGAAGGUUGGCGCCGAGCAGCGACUCAGCAGCUCCAUGUUUGAUCUGUCCAGCCCUCAGAUUCACAUGCAGCGCUUUGACUCCGUCUCCAGCGUCCUCAGCAGCACAUCCUCCAUGAUUGGCUCCAUUGAAAGCAGCCUGGACUCCAUCACCCUGUCCGGGGACGAGCGUGAGUUGGGGAAGGUGUGCGUACGAGUGAACUACCAGGAGGCUCUGGAGCAGGUGUGGAUCACCAUGGUUCAGUGUUCGGACCUCAACCUUGUUCCAGACGGAGUGGAACAACAAAAGAUUGGAUUUAAAGGGAUCAUCACCAUCCCUAAACCGAUACAGUUCAAAAGCUCAAUCAAGGACUACUGUCAGGAUGUUUCCUUCAUGGAGACCUUCGUGUUUGCGCUGCGUCUCCAGCAGUUGCGCUGCAGUGCUUUGGUGUUGCGACUUCAGACACACAGCUCAAAGAAACGUACGGUGGCUGAGUGCGUCCUCUCCCUACGACAGCUCGGCCCUGAUGAGGCAGAGCACUGGCUCGAGCUCAACCCUCCGUCCAAAUCCUCUGUGUGCCACGCUGAGCUGCAUCUCACAACCUGUUUUCAACCAGUCAACGGACGCAUCCAGCUCCAGGUCCUCGCCGCCCAAAACCUCCCAAAAUCCUCCUCACCGCUCACCCAAGCCUUCUUCGUCAAAGUGGAGAUGCAGCAGUUGGGGCGGGUGGUGAUGAAGAAGAAGACUCGCAUCCUGAAGUCCUCGGGGGGGCAGUGUAAGUGGGCGGAGACUUUUCACUUCCUCUUGGCCUCGUUAGACCACGCCUGCUCGCUGACGGUCAAACUCUACAGCCGGAGCUCGGUCAGGAGGAAACAGUGUCUUGGACAGGUUCAGCUGGGAUUCGACAGCCUUGUCCCCGAAGCAGUGGAGCUGUGGAAGGACAUGAUGGCUCACCCAGAGAAAGUUGUGUCUGCGUGGCAUCGGCUGAGCACUGUCUGAACCUUCUCUCCGAACGUCUUCUCUACAUUACAUUACAUUACAUUACAUUACAGUCAUUUAGCAGACUUACAAUCAGUAGUAUGUUACAUAUCAUUCACCCAUUCACACACUGAUGACAGUGCCACCAUCAGACUCUAACUAACAUUCAUGCAACAUCCAGUCCACACCGAUGGCAAGCCUUCGGGAGCAACUCUACACUCUACGGACGUGAUGCUCUCGUGAUGCAGGUCCAGCUGUGCCCGCUUUCCUCUCCACAGCCGGACACAGUCGCCUCCGACAGACCGGACUUUAAACUACUGAACGUGCUCUGAACGCCCUCAGACGCCAGAUUCCCACUGUUCAGGUGCUCGGUUGUAAAUAGGGGUUUCGAACAAAGUCUAAUCGCUGGAAGUUUCUGGGGUGGUUUUUUGUGUGUAGAUAGAAUUAAGAAAAAACUGUAGAGCAUUUUGCUUAACUGACAACAAAGUCAGCUUCAUAGCAUUUAGUUGUAUAUAAUGCUGUAUAUGUAGCUCAGAUGCCUUUUUAGGGAAAAACUUGUCACUCUGUUUCAGUUAGAUAGAAGGUUUACAAGCAGAGAUAGUCACCAUAAAGCCAAAAUCACUGUAUGUUAUCAGUCUGUAAAUAAGCCCCAUUUUAAAGGAUAAGCCUGACGAUAUUCUAUACUUUUCUUAUUGUCAACAAACUUAUAAACAGAUCAAAACUAACACUCAGUAAGUCCAUUUCUGUGAACUUUUUCAGCCUCAUUGGUUCCUACUGAAGACAUAAAAAUCUUUGAAUACUAGUCAUAACAACUGUUUCAUUUUUUUUUAAAAGGCUCUGUAAUUUCCUAAAACAGCUAAGCACUAUUGUUCAGCAAACAUUACUUAAACCUGCAAUAACUGAAUGUUUUGGCCACUUGUUUGCUGUUGUGAACCAAUAUUAUCAUCAUCUUUUAAGUUGAUAUUGCAACUUGUCAGCAAACAGUUGUGAACAUAAAUCCAAUAUUCAAUCUCUUUUUUAGCUUUGUUUUGGUCUCCACCAACUCCUGAGGGAUAAAUUUGACUCUUAACCUGCCAAAUACUCCGCUAUGUUUGCCAGCUAGUUGCUAACUGCGUCUGUCUGCUGUCUAGUGCUAAGAAGAUAGGUACAGUGGGUUAUCUGAAGACAGUCGAUUUACCAUUUUUAGCCGCUUUAAACAGGAGUAAAUAGUGUUUUCAGGGACUAUUUUUAGAUGAGGAUUAAUAGACAUUUGGUCUGUUUAGGGAGUGAUAUGUUUAAAUAGUUUUUGGACAACAAUGAAUUGAGAAAUCAGCGAUAUAUGACUUUGUAGUAGAAUCAAUUCACUAUUGGUUUUGGUCCUUUCAUGGUAUUUGUUGACAUUAAGAGAAAUAUAAGUAUCACCCAAUUCUUACUUUAGUUCACUUCAUGUUACUGUACAAUACAACAAUAUCAAACCUUAGCUGUACGCUUUUGAUGAAAGCACUUUAUUUUUUUAUGUAUUUAAUGUAUUAAUGUUGAAAGUUUAGUGAUUAAAAGUAGAUGUU